AUGAUCGCUCUCGAUACCAUCCUGCCAAAGAUCGCAGCCUUUUGCUCUGGGUUUGAUUGGCGCGAUGACGAGUUUGUUGUCAGGGAUGCGAAAUGGGUAGAUCUCUCAAAGCACCCAGCUGGAGAACCAUAUUUCCUCUCGCAAUGCUUGCAAGCAGGUCGCAAAGAUUCAAAGACAAUGGUAUUCAAGACGAAACAGUUUGCGUUAAUGGUAGUUGCACCUCAAGCACGGUGGCUAGAAUACGAAAACUGGGCGGAACAACUUGCAGAGAAUGGUGGUAGAACCCUCGUAGUUCAAAGCGCUGCAGUUGAGGACGAUGAAUUUUUGCAAUCCACAGCAUACCAGGCAACUACUAGUCGUGUGCUCAUUCAAUCAGCGCAGCACACCACUACACCGACGGGCCUUGGGAAUGAUGACUCAGGCUUGUAUUCGCAAUCUGCACCUCGGACAUUGACGGGCUUCGGGAAUGACGACUCAGGCUUAUAUUCACAAUCCGCACCCCAGAUGAAAUCCACGCUGGCAACUCAAUCCGCACCCCAGACGAAAUCCACGCUGGCAACUCAGACUCACAUGGCAGUACCAGCCACAUCUAAGUGGACUCAUGUGCGAACAGAGAGCAGUAGUAGGGCUUUGCCUCCGUCUCCUCCACACAAGAAGAUUGCCCCCACAGAUGUUGUGCUCUGCUCACCUGACCGUGACAACCUGAAAGCGGCCCUCAGAUCUGGGGGCAUAGCAAAUCUCAAUGUAAAGAAAGUAUUCGAAAAACAGAACGAGACCAUCCAUUUCUACCCUAUUCCUAAACGCCCUCUAACAGAGAUCUUACGAAACGAAGAUUACCGCUCGUUUACACUGGACGCCGCAGAAUCCUGGGUAGGCCAAUUGACAGUCGAUGUAUCGCACGAUGGCAUGAUUGGGAUGGGUGGGUUCAAGACGGCCCACCCAGGAUGGCUCACACUUACUCCCCCUCCGGUUUCUGGGUUUGGUUCAGCUGCCCGUCACGAGAUUGUGGCUAAACGGCCCUUUCACCCAGUGUACCCACAGGGUGUAUCCACUGGACCUUUCAAGAUCGGUAGAUUUCCUGUGGCAGACGAAUUGCCUAAGCUCUUCAGAGAAGCAAAUGUGCUGUACUGGGCGAGUUCUCUUUUGCAACUCACCUACGAUUUCAUUGAUUGUCGCCUCGCCUCCUAUUGUCCUCCACCAUUCCCAAUUCCCCGAGUACGCUUUGUCGAGGCUGGCCUUGCAUUGGCGUUUGUCCAAGGCCCAGCAGUGGCUUCCAAGCCAGGCUCGAAGACAUGCCCUAUUCGUGUAGGUUAUCUCCUGGAAGAACUCAUUAGUGGCGGCGACGAUGCAUUUAUCAAGUUCAUCCAUAACACGGAUGCUAAUCCUUUGCUCGAGGAACUUGAUUAUGGCUAUGAUUUAGCAGUAUUCUUCUCGUUCACUCAACACGUUCAAUAUGUGAAGACCGGUGGUUUAGCAUUUAUCUCUGACUACCAAGGAAGCACUGGAUUACUGACUGACCCUCAAAUAUUGACGGACCCCUCUGUUAGCGGAGGGCUGGAUAUUUUUGGUGACGGCAACAUAGAAGUUGUAGUGACAAUGUUUGAGGCGCAGCAUACCUGCAACGACUACUGUGAAUGGGCUGGUUUGGAGAAGUAUCCGAGUCGAGAUGAAACAGUUGAAACUAAGGACUCUGCGUAG